UCGAUCGGACUAUUCACCCACAUCCUGUUGUUUUGGUUUUACUGCAUAUCUUUGUGUUCUAUACUCUAUUUAAAUUUUUAAAAUUAGAAAUUGUAAAAAACUUUGUAAUUUAAAUUAAUUAAGUAAACUAGCAGUGAUAUUAUAUUAUUUAUACUACUUUACAUUAUCGUUUAUUGAUUGUUCUAAUUUUCAUUAUUACUAACCUAAAAAUUUGCUAACUUUCAACUUGCGGAGUACUAAAUAAGCUAUAUUACCUAUUAAACACUACUAAACAUUUAUAUCGAGAAUUAUGCCCAAAUCCCAAACAGAAGAACUGAAAUGUUGCACGCCAGAAUCAAUUAGUCAAAAGCUGAAAAUCCUCUGUUUGCAUGGCUACCGACAAAAUGCAGAAGUGUUUAAGGAAAAAACAGGGUCUUUUAGGAAAAUGGUGCAUAAAUGGGUACAAUUUAACUAUAUCACUGCACUCCAUAAAGUAAUUUUGGUGGAUAAUAUAGAGGCAUUAGAAGAUAAAGAAUGUGGACAGUCCAGAGAUGAAGAACAGUAUGGUUGGUUUUUUAAUAGAGAUGACAAAACCUAUAGAGGCAUUCGGCAGGGAGGCCCAGCAAUUGGAUUUGAAGAGUCUGUACAGUUAAUUGAGGAAGUUUUUGAAAAAGAGGGUCCAUUUGAUGGAAUAUUAGGUUUUUCUCAAGGUGCUUGCUUUGUGGGUCUGUUAUGUGAUUUACAACAAAGAGGAUUAACCAAAAAUAUUAAAUUUAAUUUUGCAAUAAUGGCAAGCGGUUUUAAAUCUCAAAGUUGGCCACAUUUAAAAUACUAUUCAGAUAGAAUAACUCUUCCCACAAUGCAUAUAUUUGGAGAGACAGAUAAAGUAAUUCCAACAGAGAUGAGCGAGGCACUUUCGCUAUGUUUCGAAGAUCCAGUGGUAGUGAGGCAUCCAGGUGGACAUUAUCUUCCAGCAUCCGCUCCUCAAAAACACGAGUAUCAGAAAUUCUUUAAAGUUCAAAUAUUACAGAAACAGUAUAGGGAACAAAACGAAGAGAAAAACACUUAAUUAUUAUAUAUUCCUAGGAAUGUGAAUUAAAUAUUGUUAAAGAAUGUAACAA